AAAAUCAAAGCGACCGAAACACUGGAACCGUUNCCGUUGUUGGAAGCACGUAGUCAGAUCCUGGAUUCAAAGACUGAAUCGGAGGUCAAUAGUAGACACCCCACAAACGUUCCCUGUGUUGUUGGACGUUUGGCUCGCCUGGCUGGACAGAGACGUUCAAACGCCUUGUCUUCCGCUGCCCGAUUGAGUCUUCAACGCGCCGCACAGCGCAAAUCCAACUACCAGUCUGCAACUCGUUGGUCUCCCAAGGCUCGGGUAGACGAGGAGCGGGUUAAUCCGAAUGUGGGAGAGUCAACGGACGAGACUGGGACGGUGAUACUGGAAUGUGUCGUUUGUCACGGACUGCAAGAUCAGCAUUUGAUCACCAAGUGCGACACGUGCGGAAAGGCGUUUCAUCUUGCCUGUCUCGAUCCACCGCUUCUACGCAUGCCGAAACGAAGCAGACUUUACGGCUGGCAAUGUUCUCACUGUACUAAAGCGGUUGCUUCAAACACUGAAGUAGUUUUGGUCGAUAUCAACGCCCCCCGCCAACUACGUCGUUCUAUUGGACGUACGAGUGAAAUUGAAAAGCCGAAGCCAGAGACUCCUCGAAGCUCAUCGGAACCCGGAACAGUUUCCAAAACGGAUGAACCCAUACCCCAAUUGGAGCCCUCGUCAGUUCUGAUUUCCAGUCCGAAUGUCAGCAGGGUAACUGGACGUUCAAGACCGAUAUUCACCACAUCUCGUACUGGACUAUCAACCACAAGUAUGGGGAAUCGAAUUUUGACCAGUCGUAAAGGUCGACCGAAAAAGAGUUCGGCUUUCCGAAGUUCAUCAUUUGGUGCGGUUAAGAAAGCAAAAAUCGAGGUGAGUAACUAA